AUGGACUUCUUCAACUCAGCUCUUGGAAAAAACAUCACUUUUGUGCGUCCUGAAUAUUUCAUAAUAAGUGGAUUUAUUGGAAUUCCUAAUAUCAAUUAUUACUAUGUAUUCCUCUUUUUUGUUUACAUUGUUUCAGUGUUGGGAAACACAGCUGUGAUGGCCAUAAUAUACUUGGACCAUAGGCUGAGAACUCCAAAAUAUAUUGUAGUUUUUAAUUUAGCAUUUGUGGACCUGUGUGGUAGCUCUGCUUUGGUGCCAAAGGUUCUUGAUAUCUUUCUGUUUAACCAUCAGUACAUCCCCUACGCUGACUGCUUGGCAUUUCUUUUUUUCUGCUACACGUGCCUUUCAAUGCAGGUUCUUAAUCUAGUUGCACUCUCGUAUGACAGACUGAUAGCUAUCAUCUACCCACUGCACUACCAAGUGAAGGUGACCCACAGGUUCAUGCUGUCUUUGAUUGCCUGUUUCUGGGUCUUUGUUAUUACUGUUUUACUUAUUGCAGUGGGCCUUCUAACAAGACUUUCCUUCUGUAAGUCUGUGGUUAUUAACAGCUAUUUCUGUGACCACGGCCAGAUAUAUCGGAUGGCCUGCAAUGACUAUAAACCUACUGAUUACUUUAGUUGGUUUUUAGUAGUUCUAAUUUUUUGGCUUCCAUUCACAUUUACUUUGGGUUCACAAAUACCUCCAAAUGCCAGGAUCCUAAACCUGUCUCUGACCUCUGUCUUUCCUCCAAUGCUGAACCCAAUCAUUUAUGUUUUGCAGACGCAAGAAAUCAAAGAAUCUAUGAAAAAAAUAUUGAAAUUUAGAAAGAAAUCCCAAAUUACAGUGAAGAGAGAAAUCAUGAAAUGA